AUGUCACUUUCUCAAACUGUCAAAACUCCGGCGCUCGCAUAUGAGCAGCCUUUGGGACUAUUCAUCAACAACGAAUUUGUCAAGGGUGUGGAUGGCAAAACCUUCCAGACAAUCAACCCUCACAAUGAGAAACCUAUUGUGGCCGUCCAUGAAGCCACAGAAGAUGAUGUCAACAUUGCUGUGAAAGCUGCUCGCACUGCACUGAACGGAGAAUGGAAACUAGUCACUCCGUCCGAACGUGGUCGUCUUCUUACUCGUCUCGCAGACUUCAUGGAACGCGACAUCGAAACGUUGGCUGCUAUUGAAGCCCUCGACAAUGGCAAGGCAGUGACAAUGGCCAAAGGCGACGUUACCGGCGCUGCCGGGUGUCUGCGCUACUACGGUGGCUGGGCCGACAAGAUUUACGGUCAAACGAUUGACACCGAUCCCAAUAGCUUGACAUAUACGCGCCACGAACCAGUGGGCGUGUGUGGCCAAAUUAUUCCAUGGAACUUCCCGCUCUUGAUGUUUGCUUGGAAGAUCGGCCCUGCUCUGGCCACUGGAAAUACAAUUGUCAUGAAAACCGCCGAGCAAACACCCCUGUCUGGGCUCUACGUGGCUAAGCUCAUCAAAGAAGCGGGAUUCCCUCCCGGAGUGGUGAACGUUAUCUCAGGAUAUGGAAGAACUGCCGGUGCGGCGAUUGCCUCUCACAUGGAUAUCGACAAGGUCGCUUUCACUGGAUCGACUCUGGUUGGACGUCAGAUCAUGAAAUCUGCGGCCGACAGCAACUUGAAGAAAGUGACCCUCGAACUGGGUGGCAAGUCGCCGAAUAUCGUUCUUCCUGACGCAAACCUAGAGGAAGCAGUUGAAUGGGUCAAUCUGGGAAUUUUCUUCAACCAUGGACAGUGUUGCUGUGCAGGCUCUCGCAUUCUUGUUCACGAAGCUAUCUAUGACGAGUUCCUCCAGCUUUUCAAGAAGCGCACAGAGCAAAACAAGGUCGGAGACCCAUUCAAUUCUGAGACAUUCCAGGGACCACAGGUUUCUCAGAUCCAAUAUGACCGGAUUAUGGGUUAUAUUAAUGAUGGAAAGAGUGCUGGUGCCACGGUGGUCACGGGUGGCGGUCGCCAUGGCAAGGAAGGAUACUACAUUCAACCCACUGUCUUUGCCGAUGUCACUGAGAACAUGACCAUUGUGAAAGAAGAGAUCUUCGGACCCGUAUGCACAGUGCAGAAGGUCCAGAGCGAGGAGGAGGCUAUUCAAGUCGCCAAUGACACAAACUACGGCUUGGCCGCAGCUGUCCACACCACGAACAUCAACACUGCCAUCAGAGUGUCCAACGCCGUCAAGGCCGGAACCGUGUGGGUUAACAACUACAACACCCUUCACUACCAGAUGCCGUUCGGUGGUUUCAAAGAAUCGGGAAUAGGCCGAGAGCUUGGAUCGUACGCCCUAGAGAACUACACCGAGAUAAAGACCGUCCGCAUCCAGCUUUCCAAGUCAUGA